AUGGAUAAGAACGGUUUUGUUAAAGAUGAUGCCGCCUACAGUGAUGCGAGCAAGGCGUUGACUUUCUUGCACAUGCCACCGACCAAGUACCACAACCCAAGCCUUACCAAAGAAGAACAAGAGGUGACGGACCAGCUCUACCGUGGCUGGCUCCAUUACUGGAACCAUGAGUCGCGCCAGGACUUUGCCAACGGCAUGAAUGGAGCACGCCGCUUCUAUGACUUUGAAGACAUGCUGAGCUAUGACAUGUUUGGCAACACCAUCCGAGGCAGCUUCAAGGAGCACUUUGAGUCCAUCUUCCCAUACUGGAACGAUGGGCACAUGGAGUACAAGGACUUCGAAGUCACUGCCCUGUCCAAAGACUUUCAGGAGGACUGGGAUCGCGAGGAAGAAUAG